GUCUACAGGGAAAAUCUGUAAGGUGAACGCCACGUCUUCUGGACUAACUCCGAGCUUGAUUUUGAGCGCGUUGCAGGUCGAUGAGGUCUACCCGGACCGCGUGCUUGGCGGCUGGAGGGAUAACGCAGGGAUCAGCGAGCCUUGCGUGCUUGCGGUCUUGCUUACCCGCGCACGCGUUGCUGUCUGCAAGAAGCCUCUUGUUCACGCGGGUGCGCCUGCCAGGGUACCUUGCCCGGGCACGGAAAGUCUGGACAGAAAUGUCGCCCAUAUCGCGAAAGCAAGAUACCACCGCGUCCUAUCAAUUCAGUGCUGCAGUGACGAAGUACCCGAUCGAGUUAUAACGGUCCACACCUCGUCCGGGGCGUGCGCAACGUGACGCGUUGCCCACGUGAGAUGAUUCCCCGCAUCUUGGGCGCAUACGCGCCUUGAUGGCGCCUUAUCUACCGGGCCGUUUUGGAUGAUCCACUGGAUGGCCACGCCGCAUGCAACCCAUCCCAUCUGCAUGG